AUGAAAGCUUUUAUUAGAGUGCUUACAUUCACAUUAUUUUCCUUCUGUUUUGCUACUAAGUUCAAGAAAUACUACCUAAACAAUGAAGAAGAUGCUACAGAGAAGGGUAUCACGAUUGCCUUUCUUUUGGACGGAAUGAGGCCAGAGGAUGCAAAUCUGAAAUCUGAUAUUGGAGAAUGGCUUGAGGGGGCUUCCGAAGUGGCGCAACAGGAGCUAACGAAGAACUUAAGUGUGCAAAUUAAAUUGGAGAUAACGGAUCUUACACUCGCUCCAAAGGUCAUUUCCGAGAAGAUAAAAAGGCAGAAGAGCGGUGACCAAAUCUACGGUCCUUCAAUUUUGAAGUUCACCAAAAAGACUUAUAACAAAACCCUGAACCCAGAUAUUAUAUGUGUUGUUACAAAAUACUACAUCUAUGCUGGCCGCUUGAGGGACCUAGAAGGAUAUUCAAGGUACACGACUCUCUGUGAGAAGAUGGUGCCAAUGCUUCUGACGUACAAUUGGGACACUGUGGACGACACUCCGAAGGCGGGAAUAUUGUUGUCUAAGUUAAUCACAAGCAGUCUGGACUAUGUUAAAUGGAAAUCAACUGUCCCAAAAGAAGACUACUUCAUUGGAUGUAACAUCAGACACAAGCUUAAAGGAUAUGGGGAUGAUUAUGAUUAUUUCGUCCUUCCCUUUAACAAAGAUGAUUAUUACAGUUAUUGA